GCGAUGGUCGCGCAGCCACGCCGCUAGGUUCAUCGACAGAUUGCGACGCACACUGGUACCUGCAUAGCCCACACGCGUCUGGAAUCCCCCCCGGAACGCAGCUACUGCAUCCUACCUGCCGCAAUCCCAUCUGCCGAGUCCCGAACUGGCCUUGCCUGCCGCAACAUCGCCGCUCAACAUCCGCCUCCCACCCUCGCAUGGUCGGGUAUUGACCAUCAUAUAACCUUUGCCUCCUCCGCUUGUUCUGGCGAAAGACACACACGAUGCCUUUUGAGAGCUUUGCACUCUACCUAGUCGCCGUCUCCGCCUCGUCUACCGGUCUGAUCACUCGUGCAAAGUCGGCUUCUCGCGCCGUGCUCUAAGAAGCCACCCUUCCUUUUCGACAUACUCGGUUCCGCAACGAUCCAUGCGGCUUGUUGCAGAACCAGCGUCUCGAUAGGUUCACGAUCUGUUCAGCACCCCCUCGGUUACUCCGGUAGACUUUGCGUGACGGCGACUAGAAUCCAUUGGGCGCUCCUCUAUCCUCCCUAGAUCCAAGAUGAUACCCGCCACCUACGAACCGACUACCUCCGUCCAUCCCACCCGCAACGCGCCUUACAAUCUGUCGCUAGCCACUUCGACAUCCUUCUCCUCUUCUUCUUCCUCCUCCUCCUCCUCUUUCUGGUCCGACGUGUCUUCGCAGCACUCGGACGACUCUGUUUCGACCGCCCAGACUUCUUAUUCCGACUCUCGUGACUCAUACUACUUGUCCCACCUUGCCGCCUCGUCGCAAACCUCGGUCGGCUCUCUCGGCAGCUCCUGCGAAUCAACUUCCAGGUUGCGAAACCCCUGGGCGAAAAACCACGUCCAGCCUCUGGUCACCACAGAGCUCCCUGCUGAGCUUCGGCAAAAUCCCCGACGCACGUCGGCAGCCUCCCGCACCGGGCGCCCGCCCUCGCUUGUGCGGCAGUCCGAUCGGAAGCUGAGCUUCGUCGAGAACCUCGUCGAUACGUCGACCCAUAUCGUCGAGGCUAUCUGGCCCACCUCCUCGGUGCCUCCACGCAAUGACUGCGGCAACAACACGGUGCUCCCGCUGCGCACGUUCAUCCAGGAGACGCUGCGCCGCUCGCGGACCAGCUACUCCACUUUACAGGUGGCUCUCUACUACUUGAUUCUGAUUAAGCCUCAUGUUCCGCCCUAUGACUUCACCACGGAGCAGCCUGACGACUCCCGCUCGAGUCAGGCAAUCCAGUGCGGGCGUCGCAUGUUCCUCGCAGCUUUGAUACUGGCCUCUAAGUAUCUCCAGGAUCGCAACUACUCGGCCCGCGCCUGGAGCAAGAUCUCGGGCCUCGAUACCCUCGAGAUCAACCAGAAUGAAAUGGCUUUCCUCUUGGCGGUCAACUGGAAUCUCCAUGUUACCGAAGAAGUCUACAAGCGCUGGGCCGACUGCGUGAACAGGUUCACGCCGAGCCAGCCUCCUUCGCCUGGAGGGGCUGCUCAGCAGGCUUAUGAGAGACAAUGCCAGGACUUCCGGCGGAUCAUCUUGAAUCUCUCUCCUGACCUCGAGAACCUGGAAGAGCUGACUCUCUGGUCUCCCGUCAUGUCUCCCACGCAGGAAGUUCCCCCCAGAUUUCUCUACACGCCUACCGGAGAGCGGCCUGGAGCCUCCGGUCGCGAGAGCGAGACUGCUACGGCCCCGAAAGCCCAGAAUGUCCCUGCUGUGAUGGAGCCUGUUCCCUCAAUCGCGUAUGCUCCUGGCCGUCUGGCACCGGCCCUUGGCCUGUUGCCCACACCUCGCUUGACUCCCCAGCUUAGCGGACUCGGCACUCCUGCAGCGAGCGCUGCGUCUUGCCUUGUGGGGAGGGGAUCCUCGAUGGGUUUCGCGAUGGCCCAAGCCUCAGCGUCGAUCUCGGCUCAAUGUGCUGAUCGCUGGCCGCCUUCGGCGACUUCGUCUCCGAUGAGCUACGUGGCUCGCCGUUCAUCACUCGCCAACUCGGUCUCGGCGGCGUCCUCGCCCGAAUCGAUGGUCUCCGAUUCGUCCAGGGUUUCGCGCUCCUCUUCGAUCUCUUCGGCUUCCUCGGUCGCCGCGCCGUCAUCCAAGUUGGAUGUUCAGGCGCGAUUCCGUUCCGCGAAGCAGUGCAGUGAGAGGUUGAGCUUGCGACCCACCAUCGCUUCGGUCCCCGAGGACGAAGAGGGUUUCAUGGUGACAUCGCCCGACUCCUAUGCUUUCCCUACCGGCAAGGAGCUCGGCGAAACAUCGCUGGAGACGCCUCUAGGCCGCCGAGAACGCGAAAUGGACGAUGCCGCGCGGGCUCUUCAAGAAUUGCACCAGUCUGGCACUAAUCGGCCUGCAAUGCCAGUUAGGGUCGGAUCCAAGCGGGGCAGAGCGAAUUCAGUCCAUGACGAUGUUCGUGAGAUGCUCGCCGGUCAGACGAGCAGCUUCUCCUGGCCAGAAACCAUGGUUCGUGAAGGGGCACAGAUUCCCGUCCUGCGGGAAAACUUUAAACGAGUUUGCUGCUCGACCGAGGCUGCCCGGGCACCCAGGAUCUCCGCGCUUCAUCCCGCCGUCGGAGGGUAUGGCGGACCAGGCAUGUGGGAGGGGAUUCUCAACUAAUACCACAUUUUCACACGCCCAACCCCCUGCGGCUUUUCAAGAUGUCUCAUAUUACUUUACCACGCCAUCUUGCACAUAUCAAACAAUCUUUUCAAAGCACACAGCACAGAAUCACCCUUUGUGAUACUACUAUUCCUCUGCGUCGUUCCUUUUCUGCAAAGGAGGGGGGGGACGGAAGGUGAUCUUGAAUUGGUUUUUUCUUGCUUCCGAAAACUAGCCUUGGGAGACAUCUAGCUUCAUAGACGGCUUCGAUGGCGUAGCCAAGGAGAAAACGGGCGAAAAAGGCACGCUACGUUUUUAUAUUUGCAUUGGGAGCCUGGAUUCGGUUGGGGACGGAAACGGCAUUGGGAUGCGGCGACGGCGGAAACCUGGUUGAACUCGUUUGGCGAAGGUGGUUUGUUGUCCUGUGUACGAUGAUUGUGGGAUUCUUUUUUUUCUAUUCCCCGUUUUCUUUUCAUGGUUUUCUUUGUUUAUUGGUCCAGUUCUCGGUGUCCUGCCUCUGCGUGGGCACCGAGAAUGGGAGUGGGAUAUCCUUUUAGGAGCAUAAUGGACGGAGCUAUAUUGGGAGAGAAUUGGCCGGACUUGUCGACGCGUUUUCCCCGACAUUGAUGGGACUGCGCAAGCAUGCGACUCUCGUCAUCCUCUUUAUGCCUGAGGCCCGUUUGCGUGGCAAACGGAGCUUGAACUGGCCCCUAGCACCUUCACCGGAAACGGUACCAAUUGCGAUGGAGGCGCUCGAGAAUCACAGACGACCGCACGGGCGGACAGAACGAAACUGGUUAUCCAUUUCCGAGCUUUAGCGGCUAGCGCACUGCUACUUAGCCAAAGCACAGCUAGAAGCUUCAGUAUUUGACGCAGUUCGGCC